AUGAAGGACACCUCCAACGGGGUUAACCCGGUGCCGUUAAUGACAGCAUGGAAUGUUGAAUCGCAAGUUCAUUUGAUUGUCGGAGCCAAUCCUUUGGCUGCCGCUCGAUGCGCCAAAAGUCUUGAAGCUGGCGCGAGGCCCAUUAUCAUUGCGCCGGAGACGGCCGGCCUUCAUUUUACUCUUGCAGACCAGAUCUCCAAUGGCUCGGCACAAUGGGUGCGUCGCGAAUUUCAAGAUGAUGACUUGACUAGUCUGGGUCGAGAGGAGGUGGAUCGUGUGGUGGACACAGUCUUCGUCACCUUGGGUGGCAGUGAUCCAUUGAGCGCAAAUAUCUCGAAGCUCUGCCGGCGCUUGCGAAUCCCCGUCAACGUGUCUGAUGCCCCGGAGUUGUGUUCGUUCACGCUACUUUCGACCUAUUCCGAUGGUCCACUGCAUAUUGGAAUCACAACCUCUGGUCGUGGCUGCAAGCUUGCAUCUCGUCUGCGCAGAGAGAUUGCUGCUUUCCUUCCGGCCGACCUUGGAUUGGCCAUCGAUCGACUUGGUAGUGUGCGCCGCAGGCUCUGGGAAGAAGAUAAUGACACCGGACUCGGCGAGUCGAAUAUGGACGGCGAUGACGAUGAUGCUUCGGGCCAGAAACAUACAUUCAAUACUCUCAUAACGGAAGACGAUGCAUCUGCAGCAAAGACCCGUCGCAUGCGUUGGUUGUCACAAAUUUGCGAAUACUGGCCUCUUCGAAAACUUGUUUCGAUCACUGAUGCGGAUAUCGAUACUAUUCUCAAAGCGUACUCAUCUAGCAAAGACGCCGAGUCAGAGACCAACGGGGCCAAUGGCGUGGCAAAGAAGGGCAAGAUUGUGUUGGCUGGCUCUGGGCCGGGACACCCAGACAUGCUUACUCGGGCCACAUACAAUGCCAUUCAGACUGCCGACAUCAUUCUGGCCGAUAAGCUCGUUCCGGCACCAGUGCUGGAACUCAUCCCUCGCAGGACGGAAGUUCACAUUGCACGCAAGUUUCCUGGCAAUGCCGACCAAGCUCAAGAAGAGUUCUUGCAGAUGGGUCUUGCAUCCCUGCGGAAGGGACAGCAAGUCCUCCGCCUGAAACAAGGAGACCCAUAUCUUUAUGGUCGCGGCGCCGAGGAAUUCGAGUUCUUCCGGGAUCAAGGCUACACUCCUGUUGUGCUUCCCGGUAUUACUAGCGCUAUGAGUGCGUCUCUGUUCGCCGAUAUUCCCGCUACCCACCGCGGCGUAUCUGACCAGGUUCUGGUCUGCACGGGAACUGGCCGGAAGGGUGCUGCUCCAGAGCCUCCAGCAUAUGUGCCUACUCAGACUGUCGUAUUCCUGAUGGCUCUCCAUCGACUGACCGCACUUGUUGAGUCUCUUACGACGCACUCUGCAGAAGACUCGACCCGGUCACGCACUCUCUGGCCGAAAGACACGCCCUGUGCGAUCGUGGAGCGUGCUUCGUGUCCCGACCAGCGUGUUGUUCGUUCAACACUUGAGCAUAUCUGCCGUGCAUUUGAAGAAGCAGGCUCUCGUCCCCCAGGCUUGCUCGUUGUCGGCGCCAGCUGCCAUGUACUGCACAGGCCCGCGCAGGGUCAGAAGUGGGUUAUCGAGGAGGGCUUCCACGGCCUGGAUGGAUUGAACAGUGAUCUCGAUGCGCCAAUGUCCCUGGCUGAAGAGAAAUAA